UGUGCGAAAACACUGUGAAUUUAGGAAAGGGUGCAACGUACAUAUAACAGUUAAUUUCAAACAUAAUUUGACUGGUAUAUACUGGUUUAAAAAAUUCGUGUGUGAUUAUGGUAGUUUACUUUAUGAUUUCAAUGACUACUUACAGUUUGGAGCCUGCCAAUUUCAACUGAGGUUAUCGUGUUUUGUACGGUACCCCUUAUAUUCCAAAGAGAUGCACCCUACCUUUGCCGUGUGAAGCUCGAAGCAACGCCUGUGGUAUGAACACGCCUGUUGGAAACGGGACAGACCAAGGACUUGAAAUAAGAUGUAUAAGGAAUAACCUCACGACUGUCCAUUUUCUACCGCCCUUUUCUCCAAAAUGUGGACUCUGGUAAAUGUGUCACGUGGAUUAUACUUUGUGGAAUUUCAGUAAACACGGACGCUUUUCAGGACUAAUUAAUACAUUUCAGGAUUGACUCGGUAGAACCAGAAUGAACAUGUCAGAAGGGGAAAGUUAAGAGCGAUUCAGAUAGAAGGGUGAUAGCGGAGGGGUAUGGGGGAUGGGGGCGUGGCCACUGGAGGAGGGAACCAAUCCCACGUCCUGUUUGACCGCUUCACCCAGGCGACCACCUGUAAGGGCACGUUGAAGGCCUUUCAGGAGCUCUGUGACUUCCUGGACCUCCGGCCUACUGACUCCCGCAUCUUCUACCACAAGCUCAAGUCUCGGCUCAACUACUGGAAGGCCAAGGCCCUGUGGGCCAAGCUAGACAAGAGGGCAUGCCACAAGGAAUACAAGAAAGGCCGCGCAUGUGCCAACUCCAAGUGUCUGAUCAUCGGGGCGGGGCCAUGCGGGCUGCGUACGGCCAUCGAGCUGGCCUUCCUGGGGGCCAAGGUGGUGCUGCUGGAGAAACGCGAUGCCUUUUCCCGGAACAACGUGCUCCACCUCUGGCCCUUCACCAUCCAGGACCUGCGCGGCCUCGGCGCCAAGAAGUUCUACGGGAAGUUCUGCGCUGGAGCCAUCGACCACAUCAGUAUUCGGCAGCUGCAGCUUAUCCUGCUGAAGAUGGCUUUGCUCUUGGGCAUCGAGGUCCACGUUAAUGUGGAGUUCAAGAAGCUGGUGGAGCCGCCUGAGGACCAGGAGAAUGAGAGGAUUGGGUGGCGGGCGGAAGUUCUUCCCCAGACGCAUCCGGUCAAUGAGUUUGAGUUUGACGUCAUCAUUGGAGCAGAUGGCCGGAGGAACACUCUGCCAGGAUUCCGCAGGAAGGAGUUCCGGGGCAAACUGGCCAUCGCCAUAACAGCCAACUUCAUCAACCGGCACACUUCGGCCGAGGCCAAGGUGGAGGAGAUCAGCGGCGUGGCCUUCAUCUUCAACCAGAAGUUCUUCCAGGACCUGCGGGAAGCCACAGGUGUCGACCUGGAGAACAUUGUGUACUACAAGGAUGACACGCACUACUUUGUGAUGACGGCGAAGAAACAGAGCCUUCUAGAGAAGGGGGUCAUCCUGCAUGACUACGGGGACACAGAGCGGCUGCUCUCGCGCGGGAACGUGGACCAGGCGGCCCUGCUCUCUUACGCCUGCGAGGCGGCCGACUUCUCCACCAACCACCAGCUGCCCUCGCUGGACUUCGCCAUCAACCACUACGGCCAGCCGGACGUGGCCAUGUUCGACUUCACCUGCAUGUACGCCUCGGAGAACGCCGCCCUGGUGCGCCAGCGCAACGGGCACCAGCUGCUGCUCACCCUGGUGGGGGACAGCCUGCUGGAGCCGUUUUGGCCCAUGGGCACUGGGAUUGCACGUGGGUUUCUGGCAGCGAUGGACUCAGCCUGGAUGGUGCGGAGCUGGGCGCAGGGGAGGGGUGCGCUGGACGUCCUCUCUGAGAGAGAGAGCAUUUACCGUCUGCUGCCCCAGACCACCCCGGAGAACAUCAGCAAGAACGUCGGCCAGUACAGCCUGGACCCCACUACCCGCUACCCCAACAUCAACCUCAGCAUCCUCCGCCACAAUCAGGUGCGUCACCUCAUAGACACAGGGGAGUCUGGGGAUUUGCACGUUGACGUAGAAAAUGCGGUCAACUCGUCAACAUCCAAACUGACGCGACAUGAAUCCAUUGUACGCUCCAGCAAGCUGCUGAGCUGGUGCCAGAAGCAGACGGAGGGCUACCGGCAUGUCGCUGUAACCGAUCUCACCAUGUCCUGGAAGAGCGGUCUCGCACUGUGUGCCAUUAUCCACCGCUUCCGCCCUGACCUCAUAGACUUUGAUUCCCUCAACGAGAAAGAUGUGGAGAAGAACAACCAGUUGGCUUUCGACGUGUCCGAGCGAGAGUUUGGCAUUUCGCCCAUCCUGACAGGGAAGGAGAUGUCCUCUGUUGCUGCGCCUGACAAGCUGUCCAUGGUCAUGUACCUCACGCAGUUCUACGAAAUGUUCAAGGAUAUGGCGCCCACUAGUGAUAAUCAAAACCUGAAUCCUGAGGAAAAGGCGGCCUUCAUCGCCAGCACCAAGUCACCCAUCUCCUUCCUGAGCAGGCUUGGGCAAACCCUCUCCCGCAAGCGCAACCCUAAGGACCAGAAAGAGAAGGAUGUUGAUGGUGUGAGGAAGAGGAGGAAGACAAACCAGUCAGGCCAGUCGCAGGAAGAGGAAGUUCCACGCCGCGGCCGCGAGGACCAGCCGCCGCCGCCGGUCUCCGCCCUAACCGAGCGGAGGGUGGAGGUGUCGGCCGAUGCCAAUCACAAGGUCAAAUCUAUGGCCAAUCAGCUGCUGGCCAAGUUUGAGGAAAACGCCCCUGUCCCGCCCUCUGGACUCAAACGACAGAACUCGGUGCGUAAGGAGUUCCCCCAGUGCGUCGGCGGGAGCGACGUGUGCUUCUUCUGCCAGCGGCGCGUGUACGUGAUGGAGCGCCUGAGCGCCGAGGGGAGGUUCUUCCACCGCAGCUGCUUCAAGUGCGACCACUGCGGCACCACCCUGCGCCUGUCCUCCUACGCCUUCGACGUGCAGGAUGGGAAGUUUUACUGCAAGCCUCACUACUGCUACCGACAGUCUGGCCACACCCAGCGGAAGAGACCCGCCCCCACUGUGGCUCCUCCCACCGCUAAGGAGAACCAGGCCCCCAUUCCCAGCCCUGUGGAUGUUCCAGUACAGGCAGUGGUGGGUGUGCCUCCAGCAGAGCGUUGGCCCUCAGGUACCCCCACAGUGGUGGAGGAGAACGGGCUGCAGGAGCCCAGCCUGGCCAAGCGGCUGCGGGGCACGCCGGAGCGCAUCGAGCUGGACAACUACCGCGUCUCCCUGGAGCAGCAGGAGGUGCUGGAGGAGGUGCCCGAGGAGACGCUGGCCGAGCACAACCUGAGCAGCGCACCGGACAAGCCAGCCAGCGUGGAGGGGGGCUCCAGCAGCUCAGAGUCUGAAGAGGAGGGGGAGGGGUGCGCUCCUUCUGACCUUGGGGGCGUGGCCUGGAAGGAGGCAGUGGCACUGCACACCAAACUAAGGGGCGAGGUUGUAACUGGUGAGGGUGAGACCAACUGCCUGGAGGAGGAUGAUGAUGAGGAAGAUGAUGAGGCAUCCAGUGAUGAGCUCUGUGAGGAAGAGGAAGAUAAUGAGGAAGUAGGCAACCAACGUGGUGCUGAACUCCAUAAAGAGAAUGUUGCCUCUGGCACAGAAGCUCAAAGCUCUAACACCAGUAAGCUGCCACCUGCAACUGGGGGGAAGGGAAGGCCAGUACACUCCACCGUCAGCCCCCGGCAGUCGGUUGAGGAGAACGUGAAGCCGCCUGUCAGCGAUGUCCUGAAACCAGGAGCACAGACCUCCUUGACGUCUCCAUAUCCCUUCCUGCUGAAAUCUCCUGUGGCGCCAUUUUUCCCCGAGCCUUUUGUGCCGGACGAAGUGAAACCACAGAGAACCUCUCAAAAGCCGGACGCCGGCAGCACCUGUACCCCCGCACCCCUGGAGUCUCCUUCCCCCAUCUGGACCCAGCCGUCGCCCGCCGGCACCUCCACGCCCCGGCCCGAGCUUGCCGAACCUACCACGCCCGCCACGAGCGCCAAGGCGGACACGCCCAGUGCGGACACGCCAGUCGACUGGACAAGCAAUGCGGAGACCAGGAACAGUCUGGUACCUGGAGGAAGAGGGGAGACCGGCCCCACCCAGCCCCAGAGCAGGGGGGCCAAACGAGGGGACCCGGGCAGCAGCUCGACCAUUUGCCGAAACGGCACCCCCAGAAAAGAAGGCCGCGCCCCUGAUCCCGGCCUGCUGACCCCGCCCUCCACCCCGCCCCCGGCCCCGCCAGACGAGGAGCCCGCCACCCUCCUCUCAGGGAAGCGGGAGGUCCCCCGAGAGGAGGAGCCCGAGGCCACGCCCGAACCCGCGGAACCCCAGCCGGAGGCGCGCAGGUCCUUCCUCGAAAGCGUGGACGAGAUCCCCUUCGCCGACGAUGAGGAGGAGGAAGACGGGGAAGAGGAGGAGGAGGAGGAUUCCCACAAAAAGCUUACGCUGCGCGCCAAUGACCAAGCGUUCUUUAGCCCGCCCUCCCUCCACACCUCGGAUAGCCGCGAGACCCGGGGCGUGUCCGGGGGCGUGGCCUCUGGCGUGACCGGGGAGGCGGCCAAGGGCGUGGCGGAGGAGCGCAUCCGCGCGUGGGGGCAGUCGGUGAAGAGCCAGGCCCUGCGCGACGCCGUGGAGCAACAGCUUCGCAAGAUGAAGGAAGCCGACGCCCCCAAGCGCGAACCCGCCACGGUGGCCUGGAGCCUCUCCUCCGAGGAUUCUGGGAAAGGCAAAGCCGCGCCGGUGGCCGGCUCGCCGGCGAGGGAGACGCGGAAACAGGCGGGGGCGUCGCCAGAGAGGGCGGUCCCCGCCCCGGGGGGUGGGCGGAGCCUGGGUGGGUCGGCGGACUCCUCGGGCAGCUCGGCGGGGGGCAAGAACGAAAAACGCUCCGCCCUCUUUCCCCCGCACAAAAGCAAGGAGAAGAAGGGGAAGGCGGAGCCGGGGGAAACCCCGCCCAAAAACAGCUCUGUCUGGAAGGCCGUCUUCUCAGGUUACCGAAAAGACAGGAAGAAGGAUGACCAAUCGGACUGCGGCUUAGCCUCCGUUAAUGAGACCACCGACCUGGCCAAUGACAGCUCGCUGCUCGGCCAGUCCUCAGACCUGGUCUUGCAGAAGAACGUGUGUGUGUCGGAAGACUCUGAUCCUUCCUGCGACGAUGUGCUGGAAAGCUCCUCCCCGUCAAACGCCGAUUCUGUGUACGUUCCUCACGCGUUGGCGUUCAGGAGAGUGUACGGCGUGAAGAGAAAGGCCGUGAGAAAAAAAAAGCGGGGUGCGUUGCCGGCGAGUUCGCGGGAGUCUUCGUGCCCCACGGAGGUGGUCGGAGUGCUGGUGGCUGUCAAAGAACCCUCUAGUCUAAGUUACUCUGAAACGAUAUUUCAGAAAGCGUACACCGAGGAUGAGCUGAACGCCAAACUGACGCGGAGAGUGCAGAAGGCCGCCCGGCAACAGGCCAAACGGGAGGAGCUCAAGAGACUGCACAGAGCCCAGAUAAUCCAGAGGCAGCUGGAGCAGGUGGAGGAGAAGCAGAAACAUCUGGAGGAGAAGGGUGUGGCCGUAGAGAAGGCACUGCGUGGGGAAGCAGACUAUUGGGGAGACUCUAAAUACAGUGAAAUCUUCGACUUGCAUCUGGGCGGCAUGGGAAAGGAGGAUGACCCGCGGCUGAUGCAGGAGUGGUUCACUCUGGUUCAGGAGAAGAACUCGCUGGUGCGCUACGAGUCUGAGCUGAUGAUAUUUGCACGAGAGCUGGAGCUGGAGGAUCGGCAGAGUCGUUUACAGCAGGAACUGAGGGAGCGCAUGGCUGUGGAUGACCAUCUGAAGACGGAGGCGGAGCUGGUGGAGGAGAAGCGGAUCCUGAGCGAGAUGCUGGAGGUGGUGGAGCAGCGCGACGCGCUGGUGGCCCUGCUGGAGGAGCAGCGGCUCAGGGAGAAGGCCGAGGACGAGGACCUGGAGGCCGUCAUGCUGUCCAAGGGCCACUGCCUCACCUGGGCCUGAGGCCUGCACCGCCCAGCCCCGCCCCUCCAGACCAGGCCACGCCCCCACUCCCGCCCCCCCUUUCCCCCUCAGGGGCACCGCCCCCUUUCUCACCCCGUGCUGCCUUUUUUUCUCCAAACUGAGAGUUUACAUGCUGCCUACGCUCUGAGCAAGAGCACCAGAAAAACCGCUUCCCUCAGGAAGUCUUCAGGAAGUUGUGUUGGCUUUUUUAGUCUUACUAUUACAGUUUUUAUAUUGUUUUUAUCUUCAUAGCUUGGUGGAACGGGAUGAUGGUUAAAGUCCUGCUGAUAUUGGGUAAAUGUGCGCCGGGCCUGUUUUAUAUAAAAGUUAAGGAAACGGCAGCAAGUCCAUUUCAAAUGAGUGACUUGUUAGCCAAUGAGGAGGAGGUACACAUGUCUUUGAGGCACAGAGCCCUUUUUUUUUAAAACGUUUUUUUAAAACGUUUUACACAAAGGCUGUGACCAUUGAGUGUCUUGAAUGAAGAGAAACUCACAGUGGGAAUGUUUUUGGACUAAAUGCCCUUCUCCCAAAUCUUACAUAUCUUCAUCACAAUGGCUGUUUAGCUGCUCUCAUUCAAGAUUGUGUGUAUGGUAGUCUUAAGAGUGGAAGUGCAUUGCUGACUAGGAGCUGUGUGACCAUUAUUUAUUGAUGUGUGAAAAGAAAGUGUGUAUGCAAACAAAACUGUAAUAUUGCAGAUUGUUCUUCGAGGUGCUUAAUGUACCCAGAUUGCACAAAGAUGUUGGAUGAAUGAGCAAUAAAGCAGUGCAGUUGUUAUUUUUAA